ACAGCCAGUAUAACCAACAAAGAGCUAGAGAGCUCGUGUUCAUCUAAUGUGUAAUUACGCGUAAAAUGUUAUGUAUUAUUCCUCAAAUGUCAUUUACGAAACGUAAUCGUGCGAGGAACAGGCGAUCGUCGUUUUGCGAUUUCUCGUAAUUAUCAGAUAUCUGUAAAAUGGCAGACGUUAGGCUACUCAUCCAGGAAGAAGGUCGUGCAGCUAGGAACUUGGUAGCCUUUAAUGUACCUGUUGGUACGAAUAAUAUAGAGAAAAUUACAAAGAAGCCGCCCAGUGUACCAAGACAGAUUCAGUCAGGUACAACAAAACGAUCCAUGAAACCAGCUACAAGAGUAAGAUCUGCUUCUACAGGUCGUGAUAAGAAAUCUGAAUUACAGGCACGAUAUUGGGCAUUUUUAUUUGGAAAUUUACAAAGAGCAGUUGAUGGUAUUUAUCAAACAUGCGAAGAAGAUGAAAAUAUUUCUGAAUGUAAAGAAGUUAUUCUAGUGUUAGAAAAUUAUACCCGAGACUUUCAUAACUUGAUAGAAUGGUUUAAAGUUAAAUGGGCUUAUGAAAAUUCAUCACCGCCAUUAAGACGAACUCCUUUGGCUUGGGAAGUUAGAAAAACUUCUCCUUGUCGUAUAUGGAAUUCUACAAUAAUUCCAAAAUGUACUAGUCCUUUGCAAAGAGUAAGUCCAACAGAAUUUCUUUGCAGGAGUCCAAUUGAUCAAACCAUAUGUGAAAAUAAAAUUGUAACAGACAAUAAAGUUAAUCAUGUAAAGGAGGAAUUUGUUCACAAAUUAUUGAAAGAUAAUAAAAACAAUGUUUGCAAAAAUUGUUCCUCUGAUAUUAAAGAGAAACGCAAAAAUGGAAUAGAUAAGAUUGGAAAUCAAAUGGCAAAUAAAGAAAAAUCCACAUCAACGAAAGCACUUAAAGUAUUUGUGAAGCAAUCUGUGCAAUCAAAAGCCAAUAGUUUUGUGGACCGCAAGGCAUUAAAUGAAGGUGCAACAUGUGAUUCUAAAAAUAAGAUGGAUGUUAAAAAUGUUUCUAAACAAACAAAGGACACAGUAGCAUUAAACAGUAACAUUGUAAAGUUAGCAGAUUCUAAUUUAUCUAUAGAAAAACGAGAAUCAUGUAAAAAUGAUAAGGAUGUUCAAAUGAUUUCAUGUAGUAAUUGUGAAAUUAUGCAAAAAGAAAGUAAUGGAAUGAAUACUAGAGACAGUAAAACAGAUGGGAAAAAUUUGGAUAGCAAGUUAUCAUGUAAUAAAACUAACAUUGGAUUGGCAAAGCAUGAAAUUAAUGCCAAAGUUAAAAAAGAAAGUAUUAAAAAAUGUGAAAACAAUCACAUUAAUACUGAAAGAAUAAAUACGAAGACACCCAUUGCUCAAAAUACUUCAGAAAAAAUUUGUCAAAUAAAUAAACAUUCCCAUGAUAAAUCGAAUAAUAAGGAUAUUCGAAAUACAUUAUCUGGCCCUGUAAUAAACAAUGCAAAUAGACCUGCUUAUUCAACAGUGUCGCAAACAAAAUCUAAAGUACAAUCAUCAACUUUAAGCGAAACUCCAAAGUUUGUUAGAAGUAAAACUUGUUUAAGCGACAAGAAUUUAUCUGCUUCAAAUAAAACAAGGCCUGGAACGUCUGUUAUUGUAAGAGGACGAUUUCAAACUCCUGAAAACAAGUUAUCUGAACAAAGCACUUUAAGGAAAGAUCAAAAUAGAGACAUGAAUGGGUCAGUAGAAGUUUUAACCAAACAAACAGCAUCUCCAAAGACAAAAGAUGAAAGUGAUGGUUGGCAAACAGUUAGGAAUCGUUGUAGAAGAGGGAGCACUCAUAACUUGAACAUGUCUACACGCUUUCAUAAACCAAGUACUGCUCUAUCCUUGCCAGCUUUGUCAAUAGAAAGUCCGUCAGAGAAAAUAAAGAAGACUAGUUACACUCCUGAUGGGAACAACAAACAAAGGAAAAAAUGCAUUGUAGGAAAAACUGGCAAAAACAUGAAUAAUGAAGUUAAAAAAGUAAAGAGAGAAUUCAUGACAUCUACAAUUAAGAAUAGUCUCGAAGAUACACUGAAAAAGAAUACUUUAAAUUUGUGCGACAAUUCAACAUCAGUGAUUGCAGCUAUUUUUAAGAACGAUGCAGAAUUACUCGAGAAACGCAUACAACAGUUCAUGGCUGCUCAGGCAGAAAGAGAAAGAAUUAUUUUAGAAGAAGAGAGGAAAACGGAAGAAGCAGAUUCUCAAAGAUCUCAACAGCUGUCGGAUGAAGAAGCUUCUUUGAAACGGCAAAUUUUGGAAUUAGAAUCUGCCGAAAUCGAUAUUGAUACGGAAACAGAUGAAACAGAUGGUGAAAUGGUUCUUGAAAUGGAAGAUGAGCCUACAGCGUCGCUUAGUAGCGGUACUGAUGAUAUUAGUUUAGAGGAUAGGUACGAAAAUAUGUUGGAAGGAAUGUCUUGGUCGGAACGAAUUGAUACUCUUGCACAGUUGCGUGCAUUAGUAGCUCGCCAUCCGGGGCGUGCUUUAGAACUGCAUCAGAAACUUUCGUCUCCGUCACGGAAAAGAUCGCUCCCCGAAACGUUAAGAAGAUAUCAAGCGAAGCAAGAUUGCGCGCAACACAAACGUCAAAAGCUACUAAUGGAAAAAUCGCAACGAUUGCGAGAGUUAUUGAACAAAGUGGAAGACGUCAAAAGCGCAAAAAAUCAAUUGAUAGAAAACAAACGGAUCAGGAUGGAAAUGAGACUUAAAAAGGCGGAGGAAAAUAGAACGCAACAUUUGUUAGAAAUAGUGAGAAAGGCACAUGAUGAGGAUUCGAAAUUGAAAGAAAUAGCUUUUAUCAAUGAACUUGAGGCGCAAAAUAAGAGGCAUGAUUUUAUGGCUUUGUGUCAAGAACAGGAAGAAAGAUUACAGGGGAUUCAAGAAGAACGUCAACGUCGACAGGAGGAAAAAGCUGCUAAAGAAGCCGCAGCUGAAGAACGUCGAAGAGCUUUGGAAGCGGAACGGCAGCUAAGAAUUCAAAAAAUGAAACAAGCGCGACGAGAACGCGAGGAAAGAGUUGGUAAAAUGCAACUUGAAAGAGAAAAAGAACGACAGGAAUUAGCGAGGGAAAAGGCACGAGAUCGUGAAGAACGCUUAUCGGCACUUCACGCGGCUCAACUGGCUAAUCAGGAAGAGUUGCAGAAAAAAAUAGCGCAGAAACAGCAAGAAUCCGCUAGACGUCACGUGGAGAAUAUUGAACAUAUUCGGCAACGUGCCGUUGAAUCUUCAAUCUUAAGAUCGGAAGAAGUACCACCUACUCUUAAAUCCUAUCCCUCUCAGAAACAGUGCUCCUUAUGUGGCACGAUUAUACCUAACGAAGUACAUCUUCUGAGCCAUUUGAAAGGAAAGACGCAUCUCGAAGCAGUACGAAAUGCGCACGAUAAUCGUGAACCAUCGCGAGACGAACUUCAACGUUUUAAUAUUGCACAAAUACGGGAUGUUCCGGCUAUGGUGUUCAUUAAUAACAACGCAAACAGUAACAGGGCUGCGAGAGAGAAGCAGAAAGCGCUAAAGCGCCGAUGUAGAAAGAUAAAGCAACGCAUGAGCUUACGUGAACAAGAAUGGGAGGAUAAAUGCAAAAAUGAAAGUAAUCAGAAUUUAUCUGUCGAAUCGGCCAAUAAAGUCAAAUUUCGGCGCAAUUUAAAAGAGUUGGAUAGAUUAUAUAAUAAUCAUUCCAAAUCUGCAUGGUCGAUUACAGCACUUGCUGCCUUGGAGCGCUGCUUGGGUGAAAUUGUUCGAGCUUUCUCUAAAGCUUGUCCAUCUGAUCAGGAUGCUUUCAGAUGCUUGAAUGGAUUUGACACCUUAACAAACUUAUUGACCCUAGGCUUAAAUACACAAAAUACAUUAUAUAAUUUACCAAAUAAAGCACUUAUAUCACUAUGUCGAGUUUACAAAGCGAGCAUCAGCGAAAACGUCGAGAACACGGAAAUGAUUCUAUUAAGCAACAAAAUCCUCGUUAUAUUGGAUCUACUUUUACAACGUUUAGAGACUCUGACUAGUCUUGACGACCACGCUCAGACCCAGGAUGUAUCCGCCAAUUCAACCGGAAAUGGAAUGGUAGCCGCCAGCGCGACGCAGUUGCUGUGCAGCCUGAUCCCCGAAGAGCUCUUUGAGAAAACGGUCUUGCAGACUCGCGUUCAAGAUAUUGCCGGAUAUCUGGUAGCCGGUGGCUUAGUGGAUCGCGUGUCACGUCACAGCCGGGCCCUGAUCGAGACAGAUUUUUUCCUGGAUCAGGAGCACGAGUCGCCGUUGCUGGUAUCGUCUUACGAUCUCAUCGCGCGUAUCUGCGGCCAUCUGAGGCGGUCCGCCGAUCAAGAUAGUGUCAACGGCGAGGGAGGCGGGGGCGGAGGCGGCAGCAAUGUCGAGCAAACAAGCAACGAGUCGCACUUGCUGUCGACUUUAUCGGCGACCGAGGCCUCGGGCGCGAUCGGCGCCCUUUACGCGGCGGUCGCCUUCACGCCGCAGAAUCAGAAGGGUGGUGCCUCGCCGACGCCCAAUCACACAUUCACGACCUCCGUAAGGACGCUGGCCAGCCGCAGUCUCAAGCUCCUCAAGUCGAUCGCGGAACUCGAUCUCCGGAAACUACAGAGCUUCCUGGGCGCCGAAGUUACGAGUCUGCAAUGGCGAUUGAUAGCGAGCCAUCUGAUAACCCGACUGUCUCGCGAUUCUUUGUCGGACAAAUUGGAAAUGGGAUCUAUGCCGGAUACAAGCGGCAUUCACAUUCUCUCGGAGCUAUUUGUGGUACUUGGCUACUUCGCCCUCAACAAUCCAGACAAUCAGUUGGUUCUUCAAUCAGCUGGUGCGGGUCCUAGCGUUCUUCAGCAGUUAUGCACUCUGCCAUUCCCUUUUUAUGGAGAUCCCAGAUUGUUACCGUACACUUUACCAGCACUUCUAGCCGCUACACAUAAUAAUUCCGAGGCAAUGGCGAUAUUGUCUUGUGAGAUGUCAUACGAGUUGCUGGAGCAGUACAGGAAUUCAGACGAAGGUAAAUUAAAUCCUUUAGUGCAUUUGCUGAAGGAUAACGCCUAGUCUGUCUCACGUUUUCCGCCCUAAAAGUUGCUUGUUUAUUAAAAUGAAGAAAAGAGCAUAAAGAGAAAAUUCAAAGAGAUUGCAUCAAGAAUGAGUAGAGUUAAUUAAAUUUAAAAAUUCGUAACUUUUAUUAUCACAUAACUAGACACUACACGAUCGCAAUAGUAGAAACUCCCGCUAAGUAAGUUGAAUACUCGUGAUUCUUCAAGCUCAGGAAUAAAACUCAAUUUGCGGAGAAAGUUAAAUUUACUCGAAAGUUUACGCGAACAAAAAAAAAAUAACACGCACGUUAAUUUAGACUGGUGCUUCCCAAACCAUUUUGGUUCAGUCUAUUUGUGGCUGCAACGUACUGAUGAUACACGCAUGAUAUUUUGCUUUAUAGGUUUGCAAUCUAUAAUCGAAUUUUCUACACAAAAAUUUCCAGAACUUCUGGAUUUUGCAUAGAUCAUAUUUUAGCGGAUAUGUUAAAUUAUUUUAACAUUUUAAUACAUCAUGUUUCAUAAAUUUUAUGAGCAAAAUUACAAAAAAUUUUGUAAAUCUUUGGAAUUUUUUGGGAAUUUAUAAAGUAUUCAUUCAGCGUUUCUCUCGUCGGAAUAAAAAAAAACAAUUUUUCAAAUUUAACGAUGAGAAAAACAAGAAAUAAAUUACAAUUUAUAUUUUGAUUAAUUGUUCUUUAUGAGUAGCCUCGUAUCUUGCUUUGUUGAACGUAAUUGUGUCUGGAAUAAUUUAUUCCUGCGCAUCAGUAACGAUCGAAAUUACCUGUCACCUCGGCGAACGAAUGAUGACAUUAAAUGUCGUCACAACCUCGUUCCCUCCUACCUCUUCUCCGCGAUGCUUUAAGGAGAUGUAUAUCGAAAUUAUCGCAUUAUACUGAACACUUAUCCAUAAAGUGUCAUGCUGAAUAAUUUAUAUUUUUACACACGUUCUAGUAAACAAACGAAGAUUACAAAUUUAAAAGGAUCUGCCUUUUAAAAGAGUUUGACGCGAAAAAACGAUGCGCGCGGAUUAUUUUUAGAGAAGUAUCGUUUCGAUUAACAAACUUAAAGAGAUGAGAUGAAGAGAUUGUUAAGAAAUUAAUUUCACGAUAUUAUUUUAAGAGGAUAUGCUAUUAUGGGAGGUGUAAUCGCGAGAGAAACACGCGGACUAUUUGUGAAUCUAGUCCUUUUAUAAUAUUAGUAGAUUCUAUAUGCAAUCAUCGUAUACUGCGUAUCUACUAUAUUUUUUACUACCGUCCUCUGCUCCUCGUUUCCACACGUGCCAAUCCUAUCGUGCAAAAAAUGUGUCUUCAAAUUGAGCCUUUUUCGCAUAAUAAUCGUUGCGUGACACGGCCCGAUAAACGUAGAAAGAUGCGUAUGUUAAUCAUGUGAAGUGUGUAUCGGGGAAUAAUAGUCUUUAUCUUUGAGCAGAUUUCCUCUUUCUUCUCGAGAAUCACAAACCUAUAUUAUUUAAAAUUAAUAUCUCUUAGUAUCGCGAAAUUUAGAGAAAUUUUGUAGUUAGGCUAUAUAUUUUGGCGAAAUUAUUUAAAGAAUAUUAUUUUAUUUUAGUUCAGAAUGGCGUUAAUUAUAUUAUUUAUGAAUGUUAAUGUUAGAAGGUACGAGUUUUCGACUACAGCUGAUUAAUUCGUGCAAUGUCCUGUCAAUGCAAUUGAUAUUUAAGUAUUAUACUGUUAAAUAGAAUAAUGAAAAAUGUAAUAAUUAGCGGGACAGUAUUUUCUAUCAAACUUGUAUUUUUUUUUAUACAUUUGAUUAUGAAAGUAAUCAUGCGUGAAAGACGCGCGUGCGUUCUUUGUCGGAAGUUCCGAAUUUCCGAUUAAAUAUUUCAAGAACUUUACAUAAAUCGUAUAUUCUAUUUUUGCAAAGCAAAUAGAAUUUAUUCAACCACUUAUUUCCUAUAUCUCUAUAGGAAAGUUCGUGAAAUCUAAAUAUAUACGGUUGUGAAAUAAGAUAGUUCAUGUUUACAACAAAAUAAAUUUGUCUUCUUGUAGAUAGAAAAUUUGAUGGAAAAUAUUGCCUUGCUUAACGACUUUUCGAGUCGGUACAGACACAUACACAAAUAGCAAAUAUUUAAUAUCCAGCAAAUAUUUAACAUUAACAAUUUGAGUCGAAAAACUCGAGAAUCGUAAACAUCU